AUGCUUCUUCUUUGGACUUGACAACGAUACGCCAACGAUGAGUUCUACUGCCAAUUUACAAUACAAGGACAUCCCCAAGAAGUACAUCGAUCCUCUUGCUCCCAAGGACAAGGGUGAUGGUUCUAGAGUGAAUGGUAAAAACUGGAAAAUUCUGAAGGAUGCCUUCAGAGUGAAAACCUUAGGUGUUACCAAGCCAAACUCUUUUCAAGCUAGAAAUGAAAAGAAACUCCAAGAGGAGCAAUACAAGGCUAGAUUAAAGGAAUUAAAGGAAGAAAAGGAAAAUAUCAAGAAGCAAAGGAUUGAUGACUUGAAGAGAAGAAGAGAAAUCAAGGCUGAAAAGGAAAGGUAUGAAAAGUUGGCUGCUAAGAUGCAUGCUAAGAGAGUUGAAAGAUUAAGAAAGAAGGAAAAGAGAAACAAAUUAUUGAAGGAACGUUAGUUUUAGGAGUCAGAUCAACUGGAGACUAAUUCAUGUUUGUCAUGGAGCAGGAUCAUCAAGUUUAUUAUAAUUCUACAAACUUGCCACGCACCGACAUUUUGUGAUAGGAUAAGCUAUUUGGUUGGAAGAUGGACAAAGACUGUAGCAGGUUUGAUUUAAUUGCAUGAUUUGAUUUCAGUUACAAUUUCGCGCAUUGGCUAUUUUUCCGAAAAGGGGAUAAAUGAGAUGAGCACUGCGAAAUUAAGGAUUUUCACAAAAACCAUAUUUUUCAUUAGAAAAGAAGAAAACAAGUUAGAAUUUCGAAAAGUGCUAUAUGACAAACGGAAGAGGUGAUAUGUGAAGGCAUGUACAUGAUUGAUGAAACAGUCUUUUAGUAGCGUUUCAAGCUUUGCAACAUGAAGCAACCUUUUUUUUGUGUAUGCUGUAGAAUUUCUUUUUUAUUGUUUUUGCCUUCGUGUUAAAUAAAAAUGGAAACGUUACCCGGAUUUUGUCCAUCAGUAUAAAUAGAACGAAAAUUCCCUCGU